AUGAAACCAAGGCUGACGAGAUCGACAGGUCGCGUUCCUAUCCGACGCGAGGUCCGCGACCUACAGAAAAACUUUCCCGAUCAAUGGAAUGUCUACAUCCUCGGCCUACGUUCCUUCCAAAUGGCAGACCAGACCGAUCCUGUUUCCUUCUACCAGAUCACAGGAAUCCAUGGCAGACCAUACAUUCCCUGGCAGAAGGCGGAAGGCAUUCCAGGAAAGAAGUCUGGGUAUUGCCCACAUUCGAACACCAUGUUCCUCAGCUGGCAUCGCGCAUAUCUUGCUUUAUACGAGCAAGAAUUGUACAAACACAUCCAACGAGUAUCCCUUCAGUUCCCCGCCUUUCUACGCGGCCGGUAUACAUCCGCCGCUGACGAGUUUCGCAUCCCAUAUUGGGACUGGGCGCUCGGCGACAAAGGGGGAUCCGUGCCUGAAGCUUUCACCACGCCAACAGCCAAAGUUAUCGGAUUCAAUGGACAAGAGCAAAUUAUCUCCAAUCCUCUUCACCAUUACGAAUUCCAUCCCCUUGUUCCAGGCGACUUCACCGAAGAAUGGGCUUCCAUCAACAGCACUGUUCGUUGGCCUGAUUCUAAUCAUGCAGAUUGCACAUCCCAGCAAUGGAAGUUCAUCAAAAACUUCAACGACCAGCGUCGUUCUUUCCAGGAUCAAGUCAGUCAGGGAUUUGCUGUGGCGGAAGAUAUGAACUCGUUCAGUAUGCACCAUCUGGAACUUGUACAUGGAAAUGUGCAUUACGCAAUUGGGGGUACCCCACCAGAUAACCCGUGGCAGGGUCAUAUGUGGCCCCUCGAAUACUCUGCGUUCGAGCCGCUGUUCAUGCUCCAUCAUUGUAACGUCGACCGUCUCUUCGCCCUCUGGCAAGGUGUUAAUCCUGACAAGUAUGUGGAGCCUAGGAGUGUGUUCAGCAGUGGAACCUAUACGAUCGCCGACAAUACCGUCGUAGACGCAGACACUCCAUUAUUACCAUUUUGGAAUACAACCACUACGUUCUGGACUUCCAAUGCGGUGAAAGACACCACGGUUCUUGGAUACGCGUACCCAGAGACGAUGAGCUGGAUGUUUGAUUCAAAAGACGCUUACCGUGCAAGUGUAAACGCCAGCAUCUCCCAGCUGUACAGUUCUAGCUCCCGAGCGAGGUUGAGCGAAAUGGGGGCCGAAGGUGGUGAUCUAAAGCAUCUGAACGCCGACGGUUCUUUCACUGACUGGAGCAUCAAUGUCGAGGCCUCUCUCAUAGACAUGCCGACGACCUUUACCGUCCGCUUCUCUCUUGUCGGAAUGUUCUCUUCCGAUCCUGUUUCGAGUAUCGGCGCUUGGACACAUUUAAUGCCCUCAGAUCACACCAUGGAUCGCAGCACAGCCAAGCGGGACAGCACACUAGACCCGAGGUUAAAAGGUACGAUCAGCUUGACAGCAACGUUGCUAGAUGAUAUCGCAGCUAGGAAGUUGGAGAGCUUAGAUGAGGGUAUUGUGGUGCCGUAUUUGAAGAGCAAGUUGACUUGGAAGGUUUAUGCUGGGAAUGGUAUGCUCAUCCCGCAUGGCCGCCUCCAGAGCCUUACCGUCCAAGUUAUUAGCAGAAGAGUUCAUAUCCCGACGGAUCCGAAGCUCCGGAUGGAAUAUAGCGACAUCUCGACUCCACAUCUGGAGAUCACGUCAAAUAAGGGCGGGGAGGUUAAGGCUUGA